GUAAUGAAAGGGUCCCAGUCACAUUUAGGGUGUUGAAGGUGUAAGGUUGAAAUGAGUAGGGUGUUUUUCACCUUUAGCUGGACUUCAGUUGAGAGCCUUCUCUGCACUGGUCUUGUUUUCUAAAUGCUGGGGUACUGUGGUGAACUAGCCUGGCAAGGGCUCUCCUCAAUAAACUUCAGAUAUCUUGGUGGCCAUGCUGUGUUCUAAGGAGGUAUGCGUUUCUACGUCAGUUCCAUAUAACACACCUUGGGAGUUCUUUUUACUUGUCUGUCUCUGCCACUAGACUCUGGGCCUCUGGAGGGCAGGGAAUGUGUGUUGUAUCCUGAGAACCUAGCAGAGUGUCUGAAUGAAUCUUGUCAAUCUUUCUUUCAGUGUCCACUAUAGGAUUUGGCUUUGUCUUGGACAUGGGAUUUUUUGAGACGAUUAAGCUUCUCCUUUGGGUUGUAUUCAUAGAUUGUGUAGGUGUUGGUCUUCUAAUAGCAACUUUAAUGUGGUUCAUCUCUAACAAGUAUUUAGUGAAACGACAGAGCAGAGACUAUGACGUGGAGUGGGGCUAUGCCUUUGAUGUGCACCUGAAUGCUUUUUAUCCACUCCUAGUCAUUUUGCAUUUUAUCCAGCUUUUUUUCAUCAACCAUGUUAUCCUAACAGACACAUUUAUUGGAUAUUUAGUUGGAAAUACUUUAUGGUUGAUUGCAGUUGGCUAUUAUAUCUAUGUAACCUUCCUGGGAUACAGUGCAUUGCCAUUUUUGAAAAAUACAGUAAUUCUUCUCUAUCCAUUUGCACCUCUCAUUCUACUCUACGGGCUGUCACUGGCGCUAGGAUGGAACUUUACCCAUACUCUGUGCUCUUUCUACAAGUACAGAGUGAAGUGAAAGACAGAAUGAGAAUAUUCCAUCUUAACUGUGUCAACAGUAUUGAUGAAAUGAUGAUUUCUUGUAAACUUGUAAAUAAACUAUUUGUAGAUAAAGGUGUAAAGUUUGCAAAUUUAAAUAAAUAUAUGUUAACACUAUUGUCAAGCACAUUCCUUAAAACUAAUUAAAUGUACUUUCUAUAAUA